AUGCGUAUAGAGGCUGCACAUAUCGUGGCUUCAUUGGCAUAUGGUUCUGAUGCAACUCUGGGGGCUCUGUUGCGAAACGAUGCUCCCCGCGCACUCCUGUUCGCAAUCUCCAACUUCAAACCUCAGGAUCCGAUUACAUUGCGGUCGGCAUUUGCGCGAGCUCUGAAGACUAUCUGCGCAUCACUGGCAGACAUCGUGGGCCCACCGUUGUACGGUAUUCCUCCGGACGAGAAGAGUGAAAUCUUAGCUGAAGCGAAAGAAGCUCUGGCCAGAAUUUUCUCGGCAGUCGGACUCUCUGGAUGCGUUCCUCCCCCUGUUACCUCUCGCACCAUUGACGUCUCCCCCAAUCCACAACGCCGCUAUCUCGACUUCUAUAGCCCAGCUCAUCGCUACGUCUACAAGGCGGAGGGCGAUGAUGAUAGCGCCGGGGCCUCGACGUCCAAGUCCACCCCGAAGAAGAACCGAGGUUGGGAGAAGACCGCUGUUACAAGCGGGGCAGCGUCAGGCCCUGGAAUCAUCGUGGACCCGGUCGUCGCAGCUACUGGUGGGUGGGCAGUGAGGGCCCUCGUGGGGUUGCUAUCUGCCAAAGAAACCAAGUUGCAGGAAGCUGCUUUGGAAGCGCUAGGUGCCCUGGCGAGGGACACUACCGUAGUCGCCAUGACCUUGGUCAAGCAACCCCACCCUGAUGCUCCUGCACCUAUAUCGCUCGUGCACGGGCUCACAAAGGCCAAAAAUGUUGAUGUCCAGCUGGCGGCUUGUGUUUGUGCGACCAGAAUCAUCAGGGCAUGUGGCAUGUCAGCGACCUAUUACCUUACUCCUGUUGACGACGCCUGCAUCCGGAAUGUCAUCAGCAUCGUGAAUAGGAUACUUGGAUCGCAGGUCGAACCUGUUCACAUUGUCAUCAAGACUUGCUUCGUUUUAUAUUUCUUGAUUACCGAUGACCGCAAAUUGUCUCAAUUGGCCUAUGAUCGAGGGUGCCUGGAGAAAUUGGCUCGGAUUUUGAAGGACAUCACUCCUUCCGAAGCCAAGGAAGGCUGGGACGAAAGUGAAGCUGAGAGUGUCUCCAAGCUACGUGAGGCUGUACUAACGGCACUUGCCACGCUUGCCCUUUUCAACACCGACGUGCGGCGGAGUAUAUCCGAUACGCACGAAUUGCUGCCUCGUAUCAGCGUAUCGUUAACCUGCAAGUACACCGGUGUGAGAUACGCAGCCUGCCAAGCGGUUAGGAUGCUUGCAAGGGCGGUCUCCGUCCUGAGGACAAAUAUUGUGGAUAGCGGCUUAGGCAUGGCCGUCUUCGAGGUUUUCAAGCGUGGGGUCGGAGGACCUGGCGGGGAUAAGGAGAAGCAGGUUGCUGGCGGAGACCCACCCGCGAAAGAAGAUAGGAGGGUCGUGGAAGCGGCACUGAAGGCGAUAUGCAACAUCGUCGUCGAGUUUUCCCCUCUACGGCCGAUAUUCUUAGAUCAAGGUGUCAUGCCUCGAUUGAUGCAACUAAUCCAUGCAGGAGAUGGGCGUGCAUCUGACGAAUAUGCGAACAGCCUGAGACUGAACGCGAUGUGGGCGGUGAAAAACCUACUGUGGAAGUCGACCACCGAAACCAAGAGGGAUGUCAUGAACCAAUUUGGUUGGCGAGUUUUGUUCGACUUCCUACACGAUCCAUCAGAAGAAAUUCAAGAGCAGGCCUAUCACAUUGUUCGAAAUAUUGCCGAGAACGAGGAAGGCAUAUCCUUGGUGUUCCGCGAGCUCUGCCCCCUUCCCGCGUCGUCAUCCACGACAUCCGGUCUCACCCCAUCGUCGAUGCUCGAUUCUAUAGCAUCGCUAUUGCUGACGCCUACGUCUUCGCAAUCUGUCGUCGCCCAAGCCACCUACGUCCUCGCUAACCUCGCCAACGGCCAAGCUCGAGAGACUUCAGCGAUCCUACACCAUCCGCGUUUAUUGGAAGCCCUUCGGACGGUCAUCGCGGAACGAGGAAGUGAAGUGAGGAGGCCGGCGGUCAGCUGUAUACUGCAGCUUGUGAUGGAGCGGGAGGGUGCGAGGGAGAGGAGGCGAAUGAUGGUUAACCGCGGUGUUGGGGAAACGUUGAAGCGUGUAUGCGAGUGGGCACCAAUGUCAUUGUCCUCGGCACCGGGAGGCAGUGGUGGAAGGCGGAUGAGCCAUGGCUCGGGAAUGGGUAGUCCUGUUGUCGGCGGAUACUUGCAUCUCAGCGAUCGAACUGGUGGACCAGGGACGAGUCCGACGCAGACGAGGAGUAUGAAUCUCGGGCACCAGAGGACCGCGACUGGCACGUUCACGGUUGGUAGCCCUAGCCUUGUCCCAGCGAGUCCCACAGGAGUCCCUACCACGCCCGCCAGUUCGGGAGCCCCGCCCUACCAUAUUCACCCGCACUCGUACUACCACUCCCAUCACCAUCCGAACCCCCAUCACGCCCAUGCCUUUACCAGUGCUGCUGGAUCUGGGGGGAUUUCGGCGUCAGUGCCCUCAGGCGGGAUGGCUCAUAUGGUUGGAGCUUUAGGCUCUGGGUUGUCGUCUGCUACUCCACCUCCCGUCCCUGGGUAUGGACCUUAUCCGGGAUUGUCGAUGGGGCCAGGGGGCAUGGUGUAUACCCCGACAAUGUAUUCUGGACCUGGGCCGGUGGCUGGUCGAGGAUACGGCUCGAUGGGUGUACCGAUUGUCUCUCCUAGCUUGGGUAGUGCCGUCGCGGAUGUUGGGGCACCACCUGGUACACCGAUCGGUGUUGCCUCUGGUGUAACUGGUGGCUCAGGGAUUGGAUCGAUUGGGCCGCAUGCCCCUUUGCACCCUGCAAUCGAUGUGGACAAGGAAGUGUACGAUCGGGCAAGGCGAGCGUUGGAUUGGUUGGAGCAUGGGGAAGGUUAUGGUGUUUAG